AUGCAGCGACAUUCGUUUCCCAAGUGGGAAGAUCUCCCUGAACUCGUUCCAGGAUUUCACUGCUCAUGGGAAUAUUUCAACUCCCUUGCAGGAAACGUGCAAAAGGAUCAACUAGGGACUCUCAACUUCCUAAGUCAGGAGAGAAAGGCGAAGGCUGCGCGCGAGGAACUCUUAACCGGCGAAUCAGUCUGCCUCGAGCUUCCUAUUGAUUUCCUUGGCAAGGAUACUUCCGCGUUCGGCGGUCGUCCUGAACCAGUUCACGAUCUGAAAAAAGUGGCACCAUUCUGUUAUGAAGAUAACAUCACGUUCAACACUCAAGCAUCCAGUCAGUGGGAUGGACUUCGCCAUUUUGCAAUUCGAUCUGCCAAUUUGUUCUAUAACGGCUACCGGGCUUCAGACUUCAAAACAAGUGAUGUACUUGGAAUCCACAAAUGGCUUGAAAAUGGUGGAAUUGCAGGACGUGGGGUUCUCGUUGAUUACUGUCACUGGGCGACCAAUGCUGGAAAAUCAUUAGACGUUAACGGCGGGACGAAAAUAACUCUGGGGGAUGUGAAGCAGAUCCUCGAGUCCCAAGGGACGACAGUCCACCCGGGUGAUAUCCUCGUCUUCCGCACAGGAUGGCUAGAGUGGUACCAGGCCACGGAACCAAAGGCAAGACAUCACAAUCUAUGCGUUGAAAACGAGCCGGGUAAGCACCGAUUCAUUGGGCUUGCGCAGGAACCCGAAUUUGUGGCUUGGCUUUGGCAAAACCAGAUUGCUGCUGUCGCAGGAGACCAGCCCGCAUUCGAAUCCACCCCACCUCCAAGUGAGGGCUUUGGUUGGUUGCAUGAACAUCUCUUGGGGGCUCUGGGGUGCCCCAUUGGAGAACUAUGGAACACAGAAUCCCUUGCUAAGGCUUGUCGCUCCAAUGGGCGGUAUUCGUUCUUUUUGGCAUCGAGCCCACUGGCUCUGCGUGGUGGCGCAGCAAGCACGACCAACGCCAUGGCCAUCUUCUGA